AGGCUCCUGUCAGUUGAAGCCCUUCAAGGUGCGUCUGGCAACCUGAUUGCAAAGGUCCAUGGUCUCAUUCAGGAGAUAACCAUAAACCGCCAGCUUCAAUCCAUGGUUGGCCACAGAAGCCUCUCUCAACCAGCGCUGCCUAAACCAGCCCUGAGGAAGCUGUCAAAGGACGAUGCCUCAGAGCUCAUUUACAACUUUGCCCAGACUUCUGUUAGGAGACUCCUGGGGCAGUGUAUGGGAAGGCCUAUGCCACCAUCGGCUGAAAUGGUUUUGGAUCAGGUCAUCAAGUUGAUGACAGACGUGGUGAUGGACAGCCUGACUUAUGUGUCCAAGUCUACAAUGGAGGAUGACACCAGCAAUGCCACAAGUGACAUCACUCAUGGUGUUGUAGCUGACCUUAAUGCUACUGAGGAAUUCCUUGCCAGGAGCCUUAGCCCGGCUGAUGUAAAGGCUGACGGCAUGGCCCGUCUUCCCUCUGCCAGAGGGGAAGAGACUAAGAAGAACAGGAAGUGGCGUUUCCUACCGAAAAUGCAUACGUUUCCAAAGAUCAUGAUUAAGCUGUUCAAGACAAAAGGGGAACCGAAGAGCCACCCUAAACAGGAUGCACUGCCUACCAAACGUCUCAGAGAGACUCAUAUUUCUCAGGAUGCUGAGUGUGAGGUUCCAGAGGUUCCAUCCACUCCCCCUCCCAAGGAGGACCUGACAACCACACCGGCCCCUGCUCCCCAGGAGUCCCAGUCCCGUAAACGCCCACUCAUAGUCAGGGUGUUACACGCUCUCUCCAGAGCCAUCUCCAAACCAUUCAGAGGAGCUUCUGGGAAGAAGAAUUAG